AGAGAGAGAGCGAGGGAGAAAGAUUGAUAGAUAGAGAGAGAGAGAGAUGUGUGAGAGUGUAUGUAUAUAAUUUCAACACCUGACAUACGCCAUGUCACUUGCUGACGACGCUUGCCAUACGGUUUCAAAUUCAGUCGCGUGCAGGAAUACUACCACUACAAGGAGUAGAAUAACACCCACUACAGCACCAAUACCGUUACUAUUUCUACUACCAGAACCACAACAGAUGGUCACGGCAACGGUCCGCCCCAUGUGGAACAUACACAAAACUGACAAUUCACAUAGAAACACUGCCAGCGGACAGUUUACGCGGGACCAUCGAAAGAUUUCGCCUUCGCCGGUUUUCUUAAAUUUUCCACUAUUAUUGUUCUUACUCCUGUUGACAAUCUCUCCUAUCUGCCACGUUGAUGCUUUGAACAAGGUUUCAAAUUUGCGUCUUUGUGCCGACGCAGAGUGCAAAGAAACAAUCUCCCGUGCAAUAGCCAUCAAGAGGUACCAAUCCAAGAACACUCAGUUUCUGUCAUUGAUCAAGGACCAGGUUAUUGAUGUGAAGAGUAAAGGAGGUGGGCGCGUCCCCUACCUUUGGGGUGGUGAGGUAGAUGGACAGUUUGGCUAUUUCCCCAUAUCCCAUGUCAAAGAAAUAGAGGUGUUAGUUUCAAAUCCUUCGCAUCUUGUUGCCACAGGGGAAAAUUACCCUGAGAAAAAGUCAGAGGUAGAAUCUGAUGAUCCAGAAGAUGAAGUUGAUUUCGAACUGACAGAUGACAAACAUGGUGCUACGCAGCAAGAUGAUGAUGUGGAAGACGAGACUGAAACAACUUCUGAAGAUAACGCAGACUUGACACCCACUGAUACAACCCCUAGUGAGACUAACAAGUCUAAGCAAGAUAAGCAAGCUGGAGAGGCAGAGUCUCCUGGCCAAAGCAGACAGGUUGAUGAUGAGACAGAAAUCUCAGAAGAUGACAAUGGUGGUCUAGCUACAGAUGAGAAAACACAAAAUGAAGGAAAAAGAGAUAGUAAUGAAGGCAAAAAAAUAUUAACAAAGGAUGAAUCAAUUGACCAAACUGCUGAUGAAGUAAUGGCAGCAAUGAACUCUUUAGAAACAAUGACUAUGAUGCCAGGACAAAGAUCACAUGUGGACAAUUUGCAGACAACUUUGUUAAGCAACAAUGAAGGUUAUAGUGAAAAUGGGAGGAAAGCUGCAGAUAUCGAUGGCAGACAAGAACAAGAAAAGCAACAACAAUGGCCACAUGUGAUGAAGACUUCACCAGUUAAGGAGUUCCAGCAAGACAUGUCCACCUCAGCUUCAGUAUUGUUAUCAUCUUCUUCUGAUGCAACAACUGGCCAUCCACAUUCAGCAACACACAUUAAUGAAGCAACAUUCUAUGACAAUGAGCCAAACAGCAGUUCAUUAGGAUUUGACAGUGCACAAGCAAGCAUUGUACCCACUCGUUCAGUAACUUUUGACAAUAGAGCUUCGAAAAAUUAUGAGCAAAGACUUUCCUCAGAGGCCGAUAAAUUUUUACAUACCUCCAAUGGCAAUGUUGAUGGACAAGGCAGUGUGGGUUAUGAAAGAAACAUGGAGACCAUGAAGUUGACUUCUAGUAGUGGUGGCAGUGGCACAGCAACUGAUGCUCCUGGAAGUACAAUACCUUCUUCAUGGGUGCAUGCAACUGUGCCACCCAUCACAGGUCACCACAGUGAUGAUAAGGAUGACUCUAUGAGGGGUACAUCAAUCUCUGUGUCACCCUCAACAACAAAACCCUUCUUAAGCAGUUCAAUGAGUUAUGAUAACAGUGGUGGUGACAGUUCUAGCAAUUAUAAUGAUAGUGAUAAUGUUCCUGUUGUCGAUCAAAGUUCGGAAAGAUGGAAUAGCAUAGGAGAAAGCAACAACAAUGAUAUUCUUGCUAAUGAAAAUGGUGAUGCUAAUUCUGUUGUUGAUGUUAAUAGUAAUGACAGAAAUGCUGGUGGUGGGGUUGCCACAGCAACAGAUCCAACUAUGGCCACAAUGACAUCAUCUCCUCCACAUCUUGAUUUAAGCGAUGCAUUCCACACGUCCGGAUCGGAGUUCAUGUCUCGAAAGACUCUUUCUGUAUCAUCAACAUCAACAAUGGCUGCAGCCUCCUCUUCAUCAUCUUUUGCUAAUGGCAAUGACCAGAAGAAGCAAGAUGAUUAUGACAGUCAUCAUGAUGUUGAUAAUGAAGGAACAGAACAUGAAGACGCAGGACUCAAGAAUUCAAAAGAAAGCCACCAUCAUCAUACUCAUAAUGGUAAUGAAGAGUUUACUUCAUCAGCAUCUCCACAAGGUGACCAAUAUGGAGACAAGCCAAAGCAGCCAGAUGUACAGACAGAUCAUGGGGUACACAGCAGAGACGAUCAUCACGAUAACAACAACAAUCACUAUCAUCAUGAUCAUUCACAUCAACAUCUAUCAUCAUCAAUGGAAAAUGAGGCAGCAAAAGAGCGGAAUGAAAAUGAGGCGAGUCAUUCAGGGGAAUCAAACGACCAUCACCACAGAACUGUUAACCAAGAUGACUCGGGAGAAUCAACAAUGUCAAUGUGGUGCAGGUAUUUUGCUGCAAAGAUCGACAUUUUUGUUAACUACAUUGUGGACAUGGCUCCCGAUAGUAUCCGAGAUAUCGUCCAACAGGAGACACUGGGUAUCCCAACUCAUGUGGUGGUCCUAGCUCCAAUAUUCAGUCUGGUGUUUCUCAUUGGAUAUCUUCUUUGUACCUCAUGUUCAAACGGGAGCAAUAAACCAAAGGAGAAUCCACUCUCAAUUAUCCGAAACCUUGAAGAGAAGCUAUUCAUCACAACAAAGGAAAAUGAGAUUCUUGAGGAUAAGGUUCAAACCAUGUGUGAGAAGCUUACUUUGAUGGAGGAGGAAGCGAGAACCCAUGCUGAUUCUACUGGAUCAUUUGAAGUAGACCUUGAACAAUACAAGCUUGAAAAUCGAAAGUUGAGGAAAGAGAUGGAAACUUUAGCAUUUCAAGUAUCAUGUCUCCAAGAUAAAUUGCUGGAUCACAGUUCCAUGAUUGAACAGAAAGAUGAUGAGAUCCAGUCUUUAAGUGACGAACUGAAGGAAGUUAGUGAAAAGCAAGAAAAGAACUCUUAUGAAGUAAACACAAAAACUGAAGAGAUCACUACACUACAGUCACAAGUACAAACAAUGUCAGAUCAAAUCCAGCACUUGGAGGACCGUAAAGAACAACUUAUACAAGAGGUUGAAGGCUGGGAUGAGAAAUAUCGUGAGCUAUCUGACAGUUGUGAACAAUCAAAUGCUGAAUAUUCAGAAAUGCAGGAGAGGCUGGCAUUCAAAGAAAAUGAGCUUGAGCAAAUGAAGUCCUGUUUUCUGCAACUGAAGUGCCUCGAGGAUGACUGUAGCAACAGUGAAGAGACGAGAGGUGAUCACAAUCUUGUGCAACAAAAGAUACAACAAAUGUUGGAUGUUUCUGAGAUGAAUGCAAUGUUAAAACAAUCCGAUGAAGAACGUGAUCAGUUGAAACACCGGCUGGAGAUUGAAGCUGAGAGCCGAGUAGAACUUGAAGAUAAAAUUGCAACGUUAGAGCGUGACAUUGAAACCAUGCAAGCAGACAAGGCAAAAGUUGUUCGUCAGAACCAUGAACUCACAGUAUUGACUUCAUAUCUGAAAGAAAAAGAGCUUCAAUUUCAAAGAGCUUUGGGUGAACAGGAAGUCCUCAAAAACCAGAACAUUACCAAAUUAGGAAGUGCUGAGGAACGAGUCAAGACAAUUGAAGAUGAACUAAGUAAUUACAUACAACAAAAUGAAGAUUUGAAACGAGAAAUCCUCAAAGCUGAGCGAGAUUUUCGUGCACAGAUUGCAGCAAAUGAGAAGAAAGCCCAUGAGAAUUGGCUGGCCACCCGCUGUGCGGAACGGGAAUUAAAGGAAUCAAAGCACGAAUGUGCUGUGUUGCGCCAAAAGUUAACAGAGCUUGAGCGACGAUCAGGUCCAGUUCCAGUCCCUCUCAUCCGGCCAUUAGCCACACGGAAUGUUAUGCCAGCUGGUCUUAUCAAUGGUCCACCUCCAUUGAUGGAAGGUGAGCUCCACCGAAUACCGCUGUCUACACCUCCUGGUGAAGUGCCACAUGGAAGAAGUCCACAUUUAGGAAAUGUAAGGGACGACAUGGGAUUAGAAGGACCUGGUGGCAGCAGCUCGUCAGGACACCGUCCAGACUCUCGGUCAAAGGCCCACCACAUAAGGUCACCUGUGCCUCCACACCCACAUCACCGUGGUGGUCCACCACCUCCUAGAUUGCGUGGUGGGCCUCCACCUCCACAUCCAUCUCCAAUGAUGACUGCAAAGGGUCACGGUCCCAAUUCUGGACCAUUAAAGAAGGGCAUGCCUCAACCAACCCCACCACCAGGGGAUGCCAUGUUUGGUCCACCACCACCACCAGGGGGCAGCAGUACCGAUACACAUCGAAGGUCACCGAUGUCCAAUAAAACUCCCCCACCCCCACCACCAGGAACUCUUCCGCCUCCACCUCAUCACCUUCAUCAUUUGCAUCAUCGGCCACCACCUCCGAGGAUGCCAGGUGAAGGCAGGCCACCACCUCCAAUGAAUGUUGCUCAUGGUCACAGAGGCCCAGUACCGUACAAUAUCCCUCCAAGACCAACAGCUUCACAACAAAGUGACUCUCUUCCACAGAGUCGAGGGGAGAAGAUGCCUCCUAGACAACAUAGUCAAGUUUAAGUCCAGGAUAUAUUUAACAUGGAGUUAAUGUGCUGUUAAUUUGUCUUUGGAGAUAGUUUAAUAUAUGAUUACAUAUAUUUUUAAAUGUGUGUGUAUGGUUGUUUGUGUGUGUGUUUGUAUGUAGGCAUGCAUAUAAAUUUAUGUGCAUGUAUGUGUUUAUGUGUGUGUUUAUACAUACAUACAUAUAUAUAUAUAUAUAUAUCUUACUUUUAUGUAUGUACACAUACAUAUAUCUGUCUCCUCUUGGUCCACUGCUGAAUACAGUUGACCAAUAUACAAACUUAGAGAUAUCUUGGUUCAGACAUGUAAUUUUACAUAGAAUGAACUAGCUGAGUGCGUGUGUGCAUGCGUGCAUGCAUGUGGGAGUAUGUGUGUAUAUAUAUAUGUAUACACACAUACAUAUGUACAUACAUCCACACAUGCAUACAUAUACAUACAAGCAUACAAACAUUUUGCAUAUAUUAGCUCAGGCGACAUUAUGUCCCAUUUCCUAAGGUAUUGGGUUUCUUUUACUUUGUCUGUAAAGUUAUUUUGUAAGUAAAAAUGUGCAAACACAACAUUGAGAAUAUAUAUAUA